AUGGCUCCUUCUCUGCGCCGGCGCGCCGUCAAGCCACGAUCGCCAAGGUUCUUCAAGGUCAUCCUCAACCAUCGAGCCGAAAGGCUUAGAAUCCCGAAAGCGUUCGCCGCGAAAUUCGGGUCCUCCCUGCCCAAUCCCGUCUUUCUCCGGGCCCCACGCGGCCCGGAAUUCCGCGUCGAGCUGAUCAAAUCGAACGGCGAGUUAUGGCUCGGAAAAGGCUGGCCCGAAUUCAGACAACACUACUCGAUCGAAUUCGGGCACUUUCUGACGUUCAAAUUCCACCAUGAGUCGAAAUUUCAAGUCCUCGUGUUCGAUAAAACCGCCCCGGAAAUCGACUAUCCGUUGCACAACGGCCGAUUGUCCAAAUCCGAGGCGAACGGUGACGAUGAUGUUUCGGAUGAUCCAACGGCCGAGAGACUUUCUCGGACGACGAAGAAAGAUGGAGAAAAAAGUUGCCUUGAUAAGGAGAGGAGCUCGGCUUAUCGAAGAGCGAUGGCUUUCGUGUCCGACAACCCAAUCCGAACGGACCAUUUUGUGUCGCUCAUGUAUCCUUCUUACGUAGCGGCCAAUGGUUAUUUGACUGUGCCGCUAGUUAUCAUGAAAAAUAUCUUGCCGCCGCAAAAGGAUAACGAGAUAAAGCUUCGGAGCAUGGACGGGAGCAUGUGGGCCGUCAAGUGUACCAUGACUCCGCCGAUUGCGAGGAUUGGUUUGGGUUGGCAUCGGUUCGUUAAGGAUAAUGGUCUUAAGUUGGGUGAUGCUCUUGUGUUUGAAGUGAACAAGAACAGCAAGCUCGUGUGGAAUGUCUUCAUUUUCAGGAGUUGA